GAAUAAGGCCACGGCCCCCAGCCCAUUUCGCACAGAAACAACACAGCAGAUCCGCCAACAGCGCCAAACUCAGUGCACUCCCCGAAUCCACCAUCGCGCGCUGGUCAGAAAGCUUAAGGCGCUCGCAGACGACCGCAAAGUCUCCAGCCCCACUAGAUCCAUGGUCACAGCGCUACCCAUUUGAAUUCCAAUUUGUGAGCAGCCAUCGACAUCACUGCUUUCUCAGCAGCGUCUUAUCCUACCUUUUACCUACGUCCGCUCCACCCAACUCCUCGCUCUCCUUUCCCCUCGAACCUGUAACGAAAACAUUGCGACGUCUCUCACGAUCUAUCCGUCAACCUUACAUCCUCAUUUCUCUAACUCCUGGCGCCCCUGCACCUCCAGCGACCAACUUACCAAUCCACCCGGGUCUCUUGCGCCACUGUACUACGUCAGAGGUCACCCGCUCCUGCAGGACGACAGGCAGCCACACCGAUACCGUUACCCAGCUUCUUGGGGCCCAUGAACGAGAAACGAGAAUCCGACUGAACGAAUUCCCAUACGAGAACAUCGGGUUUGCCGUCUGCUCUUCCAUGCGCUGAGCAUCAAGUCCGUCUGUAGGCACUGAUAGGAGGCGUUGGAGCCGAGCUGCUCACCAUGGACGCGACAGAGGUCGAUAACGACACCAGGGGGUGGAUCAUGUGCAUCGUGAGCGGAAUAGCCUGCGUCGUUGGCGCAUCUAUCAUUUGCGUCGAUUUGCUUGUGCGCUACAUCCCCGGGAAGCGCAACUUCAGGAUACAAGACAGCAAUGGCUUUUUGGCCUGCUCAUUAAGCCUGAGCUUCGGUGUCAUGCUGUACUCGGCGUUGAACAGUAUGCUGCCUUCCGCAAAACAAUAUCUUAAGGAGGAUGGGUUUCAAGACCAGCUGGCAGGGUUCCUUAUGAUGGGUUGCUUUAUCGGAGGGUUUGUCGGUAUCCAGGCCAUUUCACGCCUGCUUCACCAAUACAUGCCGUCGCAUGUCGUGGACUGCGACCACUCACAUGAUCACUCCGAGGUUGAUGCCCGGUCGCGCAGCCAAAGUAGGAAGACCUCGCUCUACACGUCGAGCCGCCGGUCGUCCCGGCGGCCUCGCCUCGAAAGGGUCGCCAAGAAUGGCCAUGCCACCGAGUCCACCCCUCUGCUCACCAGUGAGAUGGCUCAAGAAAACGGCGCCCCCCUCAUGCCUAAGCGCCAUGCCUCGAGCAGGGGCAGUCUGAACCUCAAUACCACGCAUUCCCAUCCGGCCCGGACCUCUCGGAGCCGUGGUCCCACCAUCGAUAGACGACCGUCCAUGGCCCAAGUCCAACAGCGGGUCAUGUCCUUCGUCAAAGACACAAAGACCAACUGCGAUGAGGAGGGGCCGUGCUUUGGAUACACCGACCCUUGUGGCCAAGAGUGCUUCAAGCACUUGAGUAACCGCUCGGCGGCAGCCCCAAGACAUCCGACCAUGUUGCGGACGAGCACGGGAAGCUUUUUUGCUCACAGCCAUACUGACCUGGAGGACUUGGAGGAGCGCGGUUCUUCGUGCGAUUCGCCCAUCAGUGGAAAGGUACGCACGAGCCGUGCGACGUCCAGAGAGCCCUUGCCAGAGCAUCACGACGCAGAUCACCACAGCCAUGGCCACGAUCACGAUCACGAUCAUGGUCAUGAUCACGACGCCCAGAGCGUUGCCGAGCAAUUGGGCGAAGACGUUGAAGCGCAACACCACCACCACGUCCCGACCAACGCCUUCCUCUCCCUUGGCCUACAGACCUCGAUCGCGAUUGCGCUGCACAAGUUCCCCGAGGGAUUCAUUACCUACGCGACGAACCACGCCAACCCGUCGCUGGGUUUCAACGUCUUCAUGGCUCUGUUUGUGCACAACAUCACCGAGGGCUUCGCCAUGGCACUGCCGCUGUACAUGGCGCUCGGGAGCCGCAUGAAGGCCAUGUUUUGGGCUGCCAUCUUGGGUGGCCUCAGCCAGCCCUUUGGCGCGGGCAUCGCCGUCUUGUGGUUCAAGCUUGCCAAGCACACCCACCUCACCCCCAACGCCGUCGCGUACGCUUGCAUGUUCGCCAUUACGGCUGGCAUCAUGGUGAGCGUCGGUCUGCAGCUUUUUGUCGAGGCGCUCAGCCUGAACCACAAUCGGAACCUCUGCAUCUUCUUCGGAUUCAUGGGCAUGGCUCUGCUGGGCAUCACCAGCGCCAUCGCCUCAACGCACUGACGACAUGGCAUGGCAUUUGCAAAGACUCAACACCACACUUUUUUGACGACACUGGCGUCAAGGCCCCCUUCAUCGGCGUUCAGGAUCACUUUUUUUGACUCGGAUUUCAUGGGCAUGUUACUGAGAGGGGGCUGGGGUUGGCACGGGCAGGGCAGGCAGAGGAUUUAAACUUAUACCACUGUACGGGUUUACGGCUUGAAGGGUAUCAAUUGUUUUAGACUGGAUGGACGGGUCAUCGCCACGACCUCGUGGGCACUGUGGGCUGUCUGGGUUGAACUGGUCCUCAACAGCGCGCAGCAUGACGACCGCGCGGCAUUAUAGAUAUGGGCAUUGAUUGGAAAACGGAAUUCGGGAACAUCGUUUCACUAGGCACCGGACAGCAAUAACGAGUUUGACAUGGAGCGGCAUCAGCU